GACUGAAUCCAGCAGAACUGCGAGAAAAAAAAACCUCGUGUGUGAGAGAGAGAGAGAGAGAGAGAGAGAGAGAGAGACACGUGACUAGAUGUCAAAUAAAGCAGAUGGCUCAAACUCCUGGUCGCCGACUGAGGAGAGGGACGUCUCGCUGAAAAGGAUCAUGCCCCCUGCUCCAGAAAAUGAGUUGGACUACAAACCCCUGGAUGGUGGUUGGGGCUGGAUGGUGGUGGUUGGCGCCCACAUUUCUAUUGGAUUUGCGUACUCCACGCCCAAAGUCCUCUCUGUUUUCUUCAUUGACAUCCAAGAACAGUUAGGGGCCAGCUACAGUGAGGUAGCGUGGAUCUCCUCCAUCAUGCUCGCUGUCAUGUAUGCAGGCGGACCGGUGAGCAGUCUGUUGGUUAAUCGCUUUGGAAGCCGGCCAACAGUCAUACUGGGUGGACUGCUGUGUGGAGUCUCUAUGGUAACCGCUUCUUUUGGGAACUCCAUCGUUUACCUCUACUUUUUCAUUGGUGUCAUUGGAGGCUGUGGACUCUCCUUAAACCUCAAUGCAUCGCUCACCAUCAUCAGCAAGUAUUUCCUGAACAAGCGUCCCAUAGCUAACGGACUAGCCAUGGCUGGGAGCCCAGUGUUUCUGUGCGUGCUGGCCCCCGCCAACCAAUAUUUACUGCACAUGUUCGGCUGGAGAGGAAGUCUCGUCAUCCUCGGGGGUCUGAUGCUCAACUGUUGCGUUGCGGGGGCCUUGAUGAGGCCUGUCGUUCUGCCCCGUAAGCCAGAGAAAGUGGAGGAACGGCCAAAUCUGUGCACGAAGCCCCAACAAAGCUGCAGGAACAACGCCAAGAAGUUCUUGGAUUUGACCUUCUUCAAGGAUAGAGGCUUCGUCAUCUACCUCAUUGGGAACGUUUUUUUCAUCUUCGGUGCCUAUGCGCCCAUUGUGUUCCUGUCAGCCUAUGCUAUUCGCCAAGGCGUAGAGGAGUACUCCGCAGCCUAUCUGCUCUCUAUUAUGGGCUUCGUCGACAUGUUCGUCCGGCCUGGCACCGGCCUUAUAGCCAGCAGCAAGUGGAUCCGGCCAAGGAUCCAGUACUUCUUUGGCUUUGCCAUGGUUUUCAAUGGCAUGUGCCACUUACUGUGCCCACUGGUCAAGUGCUAUGCCUACCUGGUGGCAUAUGCUAUAUUUCUUGGCGUGAGUUUUGGCAUGGUUUUUGCCUUGAUAUUCGAAUGUCUGAUGGACCUGAUGGGAAAUGAACGCUUCCCCAGUGCCGUUGGACUGGUCACCAUCAUCGAGUGCUUCCCCAUACUGCUGGGACCACCUACUGCAGGGUAUCUGGUGGACAUCUAUAAGGACUACAAGUACCUGUUCUUUAUGUGUGGCGGCGUGGUCGUGACUGGAGGGCUCUUUCUCCUCGUCAUGAACAUCUACUACUACCACAUGCUGGAGAAGGAGAAGCCAGCGGCGGUCAGGGAGCAGAACCAAACAAAGACCAUAGAGAACCAGGACCUGGUGAGCGCCUCGGCCUCAAGAAAAUACCAGAGCCCAGAGAGAUCCAUGGCCGGAGAAUGCUAAUUUAAUGGUAAUUAAAUGUAAAAGGAGGUGCCGUUUAAUUAUUGCUCAAAGCUGAAACGGUGGGAAACGACGUGUAGAAAAUAUGACUGCAAUGAGGCAUUUCUGUUUGUUUCAUGUAAUCAUUUGAGGGGCCGUAGUCACAUGCUUGUUUGUGCAACAUUCUCAAGUCACAAGGAAGGCUUCAAUGCACACAGCCUCAGUAUCUGACAGCGAAUGUGUGCAGUUAGUGUCUCUCACAUGAUCAUGAACAAACACUUUUUGUCUUCACAUUCCGAGCCGUUCGUUGCGGGGUAAUCUAAUCUGUCCCGUUUUAAUUGUUAUUGUACAGAUAUUUUUCACUAAUUUUUCACUUUUUUAUUUCAAACAGUCAAUUGGUUUUGCACAUGAAAUGCUGGACUAUAUGCUUUACUGGUGCACAACUUGUAACAAAACCUCAAUUAAAAGCCGAGCCCCCGUUUGCGCUGUGUAGCCGGAUGGAGCGACAGGUUCUCAAUGAGACAGGUGACUUUUUACUUUCUGUAUAUGCUACACAUCAGGAGAGUGGUUAGAUUUACACAAUUAAAUCGUUCAGUAAAUUUGACGGAAACCACGAUCAUCAAAGUAUUAUUCAUUCAGAUUUACCGUCAUGGUAAAUAGGGCUAGACCCAAUGUAAUACAUUUUUUUUUUAAUUUAAAGCUUCUAUUAAGGUGUGUGUGUGUGUGUGCACGUGCUAUAGGUAUUAUAGGUGUUAUAUUCCAAAGUGAUGGCAGCUUUUUGGAUCCUGUUUACCAGAUAACUGAAGCAUUGGUUUGUUUUAAGAGCUGUAUUUCAUUUUAUUACAUGUACCACUGAAACCCUGGAUACCACAAUUGUUAAGCUUAAUAAAUCCUCUUUUACUUA